AUGUUUUACACAUUUAAAUUCUCUCCAUUUCAACAAUUAUCAUUACUUGAAGCUUGUUGUUAUUUUGGAUCUGUUAACAUUUUCUUUUUCCUCAUUUCAAACGCUGAAUGUAUAAUCACUCAAGAAUGUCUUCGAAAUGCCAUUAUUGGAGGGAACACUGACAUUAUAAAUGAAUGCAUGAAGAAAAAUCAAAUAGAUAAAUAUUGCGUGAAUUCAAGUCUUAUUUCACAUAACAAUCAAUUCUUUGAAUACAUUCUAGAAAAUGUUAUGUUUACCUCUAAUUUUAAAGUUGAAUCAACAUACUGUAGUGACGAUGAUUACUCUGAUCAUUUUGAUUUUGAAGAUUAUUUUGAUCAUGAAUGUAUCAUUGAAUCACAAAAUUUAAAUGCAGUAUUUCUUCUGUACAUGAAAGAUAAAAAUUUAAUUUUUCCAUGGUGUGCUGCAUUUCCUCAGUUACUUGAUAUCAUCAAGAAGGAAUCUAUGAAUAAUUCUUAUCUAGUUUUAAAUUUACAAUUUCUUCAUUAUGCAAUAGAAAAUGCAAGUAUUGAAACUGUAAAGUUUGUAAUUUCACAAAAUGAAGGUAAAAUCCCAGAAUACAUAAAUCUUGAUUCACUUCUGUUAUAUGCAGCAAAAAAAGAUAGUAAAGAAAUUGCAGAAUUUCUUCUUUCUCAUGGUGCAGAUAAAGAUGCUGACAGUGAUGAAGAAACUCCCCUUUAUGUAGCAUUAAUUAAUAAUAGUUUCGAGACUGCCGAGUUUCUUAUCUCAAAUGGUGCAAAUGUCAACAUUUGGAUAGAUGAGAGAACUGCUCUUAAUUAUGCUUUAUACAAAAAUGCCAAAGAAAUUGCUAAACUUAUUGUUUUGCAUGGUGCAGAUAUCAACAUUAUAGAUAAAUUUGGGGAAACAGCUCUUCAUUAUGCAGCAGCAAAAUAUAAUGAUAAAGAAAUUUUGGAAUUUCUUAUUUCACAUGGUGCAGAUAUCAACAUUAUAGAUAAAUUUGGGAAAACAGCUCUUCAUUAUGCAGCAGCAAAAUGUAAUGAUAAAGAAAUUUUGGAAUUUCUUAUUUCACAUGGUGCAGAUAUCAACAUUAUAGAUAAAUUUGGGAAAACAGCUCUUCAUUAUGCAGCAGCAGAAUUUAAUGAUAAAGAAAUUUUGGAAUUUCUUAUUUCACAUGGUGCAGAUAUCAACAUUCAAGAUAUAAAAGGGAAAACGGUUCUUCAUCAUGCAGCAGAAACAUAUGACAAUAAAGAAAUGUUUGAAUUUCUUAUUUCACAUGGUGCAGAUAUCAACAUGAAAGAUAAAUGUGGGAAAACAGCUCUUCAUUGUGCAGUAUUCAAUCAGAAUUCUAAAGCAAUGUCUGAAGUUCUUAUUUCACAUGGUGCAAAAAUUAAUGAAAAAGACGAAAAUGGAAAAACUCCACUUCAUUAUGCAGCAGAAACAUAUGACAAUAAAGAAAUGUUUGAAUUUCUUAUUUCACAUGGUGCAGAUAUCAACAUGAAAGAUGAAUAUGGAAAAACUCCACUUCAUUAUGCAGCAGCAAAAUGUAAUGAUAAAGAAAUUUUGGAAUUUCUUAUUUCACAUGGUGCAGAUAUCAACAUUAUAGAUAAAUUUGGGAAAACAGCUCUUCAUUAUGCAGCAGCAGAAUUUAAUGAUAAAGAAAUUUUGGAAUUUCUUAUUUCACAUGGUGCAGAUAUCAACAUUAUAGAUAAAUUUGGGAAAACAGCUCUUCAUUAUGCAGCAGCAGAAUUUAAUGAUAAAGAAAUUUUGGAAUUUCUUAUUUCACAUGGUGCAGAUAUCAACAUUAUAGAUAAAUUUGGGAAAACAGCUCUUCAUUAUGCAGCAGCAAAAUGUAAUGAUAAAGAAAUUUUGGAAUUUCUUAUUUCACAUGGUGCAGAUAUCAACAUUAUAGAUAAAUAUGGGAAAACAGCUCUUCAUUGUGCAGUAUUCAAUCAGAAUUCUAAAGCAAUGUCUGAAGUUCUUAUUUCACAUGGUGCAAAAAUUAAUGAAAAAGACGAAAAUGGAAAAACUCCACUUCAUUAUGCAGCAGAAUAUAAUCGUUUAGAAACAGUAAUGCUUCUAUUUAUUAAUGGUGCAGAUAUAAAUGCAAAAGAUAAAAAAGCAAAAACUCCUCUUGAUUAUGCAAUCCAAAGAAAAAGGCAUAAUGUCAUCAACGUCCUUGAAAGCGUGGCGAAUAUUGAAUAUGAAUAUGAAUAUGAAUAUGAAGAAUAUGAAGAAUAA